AUGGCAACGUGCGAGGAUGUGCGCGGAGCUUUGCAUAACUCUGACGAGGCGGCAAAGAUUCCGUCUGAGUCCUUUUCGACCAACGCGGUGAAUCGUAGUCUCUCAGAUCUGCACACCCCCACCUGGUAUUUACUCCUUGGUUUAAGCUCGGGUAUUCGGACGGUGCUGUUGCAUCCUUUGAACCUUGCUAUUUCUCGUAAGCGGGUGAUGCAAGAGAACACGACGAUGUCGGUGGUGCACAUCUUGUCCCAGGCACACCGAGGGGAGGUGAGCGCACAUUCGGUCACAGCUAAAAAAGGGAUUAGGGCCAUUUAUCGGGGAUUUGGUGUCGCACUUUUUGGAAACCUUCUCGGUGAGGUAACGUACCUUCAUACACUGGAGUUGGUUAGGGAGCAUCUUGAGAGUUCACCUUCACUUCUAGAGAACACCGAUUCCCUGCAAGGACGAGAAUUCACCGCCAGUAGUCACGCAGCAGCCGCAGGUGGCGUUGCGGGUAGUUUAGCCGCCCUUCUUAUUGCCACACCAAUGAGUGUUGUGUGCAAUCGGCAGAUGACAUCUGGUUAUGGUAUGUCCUUUAGAAAUACGUAUAGAUCUGCAUGGGCGACGGGGUGGGAAGUUUGUCAACUGCAUCAACAACCUAAUACAUCUCGGCUUCGUCGUGGAGGUGAUGCUCUGCGUGGUCUGUAUGCCGGCCUUUUACCAGGCGUCGCCGCGCUCCCUGAGAGUGCGAUGUGGUGGGGUUUGUACAGCAAGAUGAAGGUCGUUCUCUACACACUCUUUGAGCCAGCGUUGUCGCGGUGGGAACGCGAAAAGGAGACAAAUGAUUCUCCUCGACCACUGUGGCGACAAAACUGGUUGUUGUCUCCCACUGACAAUCCCGCGCUGAACGCCAUGGCUGGCAUGUGUGCCAGCGCUGUCACGACGUUAGUGUUUAAUCCGUUUGACGUUCUUCACACACGGCUGCAAGCUCUACCAGUGGAGAAGAACAGUAAGGCGGAGCGUGUACCUUUUGGGCGCGUGUACCACAUCGUAAAUAACCUAAUCCGAAGAGAGGGCUGGCGAGGAUUAUUUAAGGGCACGGCGGCAAACGUGAGUGUUUGUGUUUUGGAUGGGGUGUUUUUCUCACUACUUUUUGAACUUACAAAACUUGGUAGCGAUCGUGGAUUUUUGAGUCAACUUUAA